UUUUCCGGGCUGCCUUUCAUGUUCUUGUGUCCUGUCUUGAUUCACGCUCUCGCUUACGCUUGCGCUCAUCUUCUUGUUCACGGUCACGCAUUUCACUUUCACAAACCUCACUUCUUGCUUUCCAUGUCUCAUGCAUCUCACGCUCUUCACGCUCUUCACCUUCUUCACCCUCACGCUCUCGCAUCGCAAACAAAUCUUGAUGUCGCGAUCAUACACUGACGUUAUCGUUUACAGUGUCAUUCAAUUCGAACAACUUCGGCGGUUACGGCUUUGUAAGUUCAUGGUACCCUGUGCAUUUGGCCUUUCUCCACUCGUGCCUUUUGCCAUUCAACACUAUCACUCGAUGGAACAUUGCACUGACAUAUUUCAUAGGCCGCAGCCAACAACAACAACAACAACAACCCCGGCGGGCGCGGUGGCGGUGGCGGAUGGCGUGGUGGACGCGGCGGCGGUGGAUACGGCCAUGGCGGAUAUGGUCGUGGUGGAUACAGCCGUGGCGGAUACGGCGGAGGUGGAUACGGCGGUGGCGGGCAUGGCGGCAUACUCGGUGUGCGUGGUGGUGGUGUUCGCCCGCAUUAUGGGGAGACAGAGACGCAGGCACGACGCAGAAGGCGCAACAAUGCUGCUAUGAGGGUUGCUGCUGUUGAGCAGGCCCCUCCCGCCCCCACGGAGGCAGGUGUGGCGAGGGAUCUCGUGAUACGGGCGGCGAUGUUGCGCUUCGAGGCCUUGAAGGCAGAGGAGGAUGUGGAGAAUAUGGAGGC